AGAAAAUGAAAAAUGUUAUCCUGCUUGUCAUGGUGUUCCUGUGUUCUGUCGAGUGUGCAAGUCAAAUUGAACAACUGAAAGGUACACCCUGCACUGAGGCUGAUGCAUUUCUGGAAUAUUCUUGUCUUUUGAGCUUGAAAGCUUUCCUGGGGAAGAUUGAUGAAGUGGAUGUAAGGAAUAAGAACGACCUCAACAAAUUCGACAAAUCUUGCACCCAAUUCACUCCAUGUUUGAGAACCCUUCAAUGUGGCCCAGAACAUCCUGCAAGGAAACAAAAGCUUAAAUUGAUCAGAACCUAUUGUGAGAGUAUUGUCUUUAUUAGCAAAAAUUUUACGGAUUGCGAUGCGAAGCUUGAGAGCAAGAAUUCCACGUGCUACACUGCUUGGGACCCGUUCCUGGAAAAUUAUGAAGAAGAACUAGAUGAGAAGAAGAAAAAACAAAUGCUUCAAGAAAACUGCAAAGACUAUUUUGGAAAAGACAACUGUAUGAAGAAGGAGAUUACGGAGACAUGUGGUGAAGCCGAAUGGGUGAAAUUCCAAGCUAAUUUCAUCGGAGUCGGCAAUAUGCUCAGUAACUGCGACCUCAACAAAGUGCUAGAGGAUAUUUGAUACGCUUGAUUUAAAUCCCGUCGUGAUGUUUUCAUUAUAUCAAUAAAGUUGAACAUUUA